AUGCUCCCGCUCUCACUUCUCAACCUCGCCGUCAGCCCGGGAUCGAGGAGCCUUGCCGACCGGCGCUGCUUCUGCGCCGCUGCGGCAGCUGCAGUCAUCGCCACACCGCCACAAGCCGUGGCCGCGUCGCCGACAACCGCCGCUAUUUAUGACGCCGAGGCGUCAGCCUACGACGCCGCCUACGCCGACAGCCUGGUGAGCCGUGCGGUCGGCUUUGACUCACUUCGGAGGAGCGUGGCGACGCGUGCCCACGGCGACCACGCUGGCGACGUGCUCGAGCUGGGCGUCGGCACCGGCCUCAACCUUCCCUUCUACGAGCCAGCGAUCGCAUGCUCGAGCUGGCGCGGCGAAGAGCCGGCGAUCUGCCGCUCGGGCAAACCCCCGCCAGAGCCGCUGUGCAGGGAGCCGCGCGUGACGCUGCGCAUCGCCGACGCCGCCGCGCUGCCCUUCCCCGACAGCAGCUUCGACGCCGUCGUCGACACCUUCGGCCUGUGCGUCUUUGAGGCGCCUGGCGCGGUGCUGUCCGAGGUGCGGAGGGUGCUGCGGCCGGGCGGGGAGGUGGUCCUGCUCGAGCACGACGACGGGCCCGUGAGCCGUGCGCUCGCCUUCACACGGGGCACUUCCGCCGUCGCGGCGACGUGCGCGUACGAUCAGGAUGUGGCCGCGCUAGUGACGGCCGCCGGGCUGCGGCUGAGCGAGUCCGAACCGGUGGCGGGCGGCUUCCUGCGCCGCGUGGUUGCUGGGAGAGCGCUUGAGCGUUGAGAAAGGGGAGAGCCCCUCAGGGCCCUUGUGCCUUAAAUUGAGCGGCGUUUCCCCCCGCCCGCGGCCUUUUUGUGUGAGAGGAAAUAGUACGCGGUAAUCUUCAUAUCAUUGAGAGAC